AUGCUGCAGCGGGGGCUCCGCAUCCUCCCACGCAGGACGUCCGUCGCCACGACGACGCAACAUAAACUGCAGGGCAGCGACGCGAGUCGACGCGUCUCGUCCGUCGAGGCGGCCCCCGACUCGGUCGAGGCGACGCCUGCCUCGACUGAGACGACCCCCACUCUGAUCAACACAUCAAGGUCACUCACCGGCGUCACGGCAGAUUCGCUACCCGCCUCCACGCCGCGCCGGAGGCGCCAUCCAGCCACCAAACCACGAUUAGACUCGGAAGUGCCGGCGACUACGACUGCGCCUCCUAGUGGCAAGGCAUCGUCGCGCUCUGCCGCGAGGAAAAAGCGCGCGACGGCGCGCGCCAACAAUCGGCGGACGAGCGAACCGGACGCUGUUUCCGCGAUGAUGGCAGACGCAGUCGCGCCGGCGAGCGAGGGCAAGCCGGAGGUUGUUACCGCGGCGACGAAGGGUAGCGAGGUGGAGGGCGUUACCGCGGCGACGAAGGGUAGCGAGGUGGAGGGCGUUACCGCGGCGACGAAGGGUAGGAAGAGGUGGAGGUACAAGCACGGCAAUUUAGUACACAAGACCAGCAUCAAGACGGUGCACGCAAAAACGAGCGGGGAGGCCACCAAACCGCCCAAACGUGGGGGUCGCCAGCCAAAACAAACAGUGGCGCCGCCUGCCGGGGAAGAUAGACUGUCUCCGACUGUGCGCGUCGAAGACGUGCCGGCGUCGCCCCCUAGUGCUGUUACACUGGCAGAUGGCACCACUAUUAAAACCGAGAGCGACUCUUCCGUCGGUAUUCCCUAUGCAAUACCAGCGGUACAUGCACUGUGGCCAAUAGUCUGUCCCGUAGCUCGAUGCUUACAUGUUCACUUGUUUUUCAUUGUCAGCGGUGCACCUUCCGCGACCGCCCGGACUCUUUGA